AUGUACAGUGACAAUUUAAAGGAGGUGGCUCUUCUGGGCACCAUCAGGAAUGCGGCUCCCCCCUCCCCCCUCGAGUGUGUGUUGUGCUACAAUAAUAAUAAUAAUAAUAAUAAUAAUAAUAAUAAUAAUAAUAAUAAUAAUAAUAAUAAUAAUAAUAAUAAUAAUAAUAAUAAUAAUAAUAAUAAUAAUAAUAAUAAUAAUAAUAAUAAUAAUAAUAAUAAUAAUAAUAAUAAUAAUAAUAAUAAUAAUAAUAAUAAUAAUAAUAAUAAUAAUAAUAAUAAUAAUAAUAAUAAUAAUAAUAAUAAUAAUAAUAAUAAUAAUAAUGUUAAUAAUAAUAAUAAUAAUAAUAAUAAUAAUAAUAAUAAUAAUAAUAAUAAUAAU